AUGCCGUCCUCUCAAAAUAUCAGCGAUUUACUCAGAGCAACGCCAUGGCCGCGGCCUGCCAAGAUGGCGCCCGCGCGGGAAGCCCCUGAUCACUCCUCAGAUGACAGUAUGGAGGAGGCCGCUGAAGCAAGGAGCACUAGAUGGGAGAGUACUCCACCUCCUGAACAAAUGCCGGCAAGCAAAGCAGACAUCAUCCAUCUGCUUAAGGAGCUUAAAGCUCAAUCAGCAGCAGACGUGGCCCUAAUCAGGGAAGAUCUGGGUGCCAUGACAGCCCGCAUUCAGGCUGUGGAGGUGAAUGAAGCUGCCACAACAGCCAAAAUUGAAUCCCUGCAAAGGGAAAUGGCCCAAAUGAAGAAGACCAGCACUAUAUUAGAAAAUAAAGUGGCAGCACUGGAAGACGCUAAGCGCCAGCGAAACCUCAGGAUAAGGGGGAUACCAGAGGCUGUGCAAGACCCUGAGAGGUUGCACACUACCUACGCCGAUUACUAG